CUACCAAUUAUUCCACUCUCCUCGACUCUUACUGCAUUAGGACGGUCUGCUCUCUGGCACGUUUUCUGGAGCGAAAACGGCUUGGGACAGAGAGACUCCCUUUGCCAGGAACCCAAGUCCCCGAGGGCGCGGCAUUUCUGUUUGAGCGCAGCCCGGCUGCGUCCCCAGUUGUAUCCCCUGCCGCGCCCGCCUCUUCCGCCGCUCUUGCGCGCGCGCACGGCCGGCCACGGCGCGUCGGGGUUGGCUGCUGCCGCGACAGCUGCGGCGGCGGCCUCGACAGCGGUAGUGUCUUCUACUGCGCUUUUUUAGUUUCCUCCGCCCCCUCCCGUCGGACGCUGUUGUGUGGUUGCCUUAAAAAAAAAACGCAACUUUAUUGUUCCUCAGCCCCACCUCCCGGCUCAGCGGGCGUCCGCAGGAUGCACUGAGGCGGAGAGGAGGUGAGGCGGCGGAGGGUCGAGGUCGCGGUCCCUCUCCUCCGAGCGUCCGGCCGGAGGGGAGGGAGUCACGAUGUCUGGUAGCCGCCAGGCCGGGUCGGGCUCCGCUGGGACUAGCCCCGGCUCUUCGGCGGCCUCCUCAGUGACUUCCGCCUCCUCGUCUUUAUCCUCUUCCCCGUCGCCGCCUUCCGUGGCGGCUUCGGCGGCAGCGCUGGUGUCCGGCGGGGCGGCCCAGCCCGCCGGCUCGGGCGGCCUCGGGGGCCCAGUGCGGCCUGUGUUGGUGGCACCCGCCGUGUCGGGCAGCGGCGGCGGGGCGGUGUCCACGGGCCUGUCCCGGCACAGCUGCGUGGCCAGGCCCAGCGCCGGCGUGGGAGGCAGCAGCUCCAGCCUAGGCAGCGGCAGCAGGAAGCGACCUCUUCUCGCCCCUCUCUGCAACGGGCUCAUCAACUCCUACGAGGACAAAAGCAACGACUUCGUAUGCCCCAUCUGCUUUGAUAUGAUUGAAGAAGCAUACAUGACAAAAUGUGGCCACAGCUUUUGCUACAAGUGUAUUCAUCAGAGUUUGGAGGACAAUAAUAGAUGUCCCAAGUGUAACUAUGUUGUGGACAAUAUUGAUCAUCUGUAUCCUAAUUUCUUGGUGAAUGAACUCAUUCUUAAACAAAAGCAAAGAUUUGAGGAAAAGAGGUUCAAAUUGGACCACUCAGUGAGUAGCACCAAUGGCCACAGGUGGCAGAUAUUUCAAGAUUUGUUGGGAACUGACCAAGAUAACCUUGAUUUGGCCAAUGUCAAUCUUAUGUUGGAGUUACUAGUGCAGAAGAAGAAACAACUGGAAGCAGAAUCGCAUGCAGCCCAGCUACAGAUUCUUAUGGAAUUCCUCAAGGUUGCAAGAAGAAAUAAGAGAGAGCAACUGGAACAGAUCCAGAAGGAACUAAGUGUUUUGGAAGAGGAUAUUAAGAGAGUGGAAGAAAUGAGUGGCUUAUACUCUCCUGUCAGUGAGGAUAGCACAGUGCCUCAAUUUGAAGCUCCUUCUCCAUCACACAGCCUAGAAUUCAGUUCUGAUAUGCACAGGAUCUUUGUCAAUGGAAUAUUUAUUAUUAGUAUUAUUGAUUCCACAGAAUACAGCCAACCUCCAGGUUUCAGUGGCAGUUCUCAGACAAAGAAACAGCCUUGGUAUAACAGCACAUUAGCAUCAAGACGAAAACGACUUACUGCUCAUUUUGAAGACUUGGAGCAGUGUUACUUUUCUACAAGGAUGUCUCGUAUCUCAGAUGACAGUCGAACUGCAAGCCAGUUGGAUGAAUUUCAGGAAUGCUUGUCCAAGUUUACUCGAUAUAAUUCAGUACGACCUUUAGCCACAUUGUCAUAUGCUAGUGAUCUCUAUAAUGGUUCCAGUAUAGUCUCUAGUAUUGAAUUUGACCGGGAUUGUGACUAUUUUGCGAUUGCUGGGGUUACAAAGAAGAUUAAAGUCUAUGAAUAUGGCACUGUCAUCCAGGAUGCAGUGGAUAUUCAUUAUCCUGAGAAUGAAAUGACCUGCAAUUCGAAAAUCAGCUGUAUCAGUUGGAGUAGUUACCAUAAGAACCUGUUAGCUAGCAGUGAUUAUGAAGGCACUGUUAUUUUAUGGGAUGGAUUCACGGGACAGAGGUCAAAGGUCUAUCAGGAGCAUGAGAAGAGGUGUUGGAGUGUUGACUUUAAUUUGAUGGAUCCUAAACUCUUGGCUUCAGGUUCUGAUGAUGCUAAAGUGAAGCUGUGGUCUACCAAUCUAGACAACUCAGUGGCAAGCAUUGAGGCAAAGGCUAAUGUGUGCUGUGUUAAAUUCAGCCCCUCUUCCAGAUACCAUUUGGCUUUCGGCUGUGCAGAUCACUGUGUCCACUACUAUGAUCUUCGUAACACUAAACAGCCAAUCAUGGUAUUCAAAGGACACCGUAAAGCAGUCUCUUACGCCAAGUUUGUGAGUGGUGAGGAAAUUGUCUCUGCCUCUACAGACAGUCAGCUAAAACUGUGGAAUGUAGGAAAACCGUACUGCCUACGUUCUUUCAAGGGUCAUAUCAAUGAAAAAAACUUUGUAGGCCUGGCUUCCAAUGGAGAUUAUAUAGCUUGUGGAAGUGAGAAUAACUCUCUGUACCUGUACUAUAAAGGACUUUCUAAGACUUUGCUAACUUUUAAGUUUGAUACAGUCAAAAGUGUUCUGGACAAAGACCGAAAAGAAGAUGAUACAAAUGAAUUUGUUAGUGCUGUGUGCUGGAGGGCACUACCAGAUGGGGAGUCCAAUGUGCUGAUUGCUGCUAACAGUCAGGGUACAAUUAAGGUGCUAGAAUUGGUAUGAAGGGUUAACUCAAGUCAAAUUGUACUUGAUCCUGCUGAAAUACAUCUGCAGCUGACAAUGAGAGAAGAAACAGAAAAUGUCAUGUGAUGUCUCUCCCCUAAGUCAUCAUGGGUUUUGGAUUUGUUUUGAAUAUUUUUUUCUUUUUUUCUUUUCCCUCCUUUAUGACCUUUGGGACAUUGGGACUACCCAGCCAGCUCUCCACCAUCAAUGUAACUCCAUGGACAUUGCUGCUCUUGGUGGUGUGGUUAUCUAAUUUUUGUGAUAGGGAAACAAAUUCUUUUGAAUAAAAAUAAAUAACAAAAAAAUAAUAAAAGUUUAUUGAGCCACGGCUGA